AUGAGGCCACCGGACCUGUCCCGGGUCCAUGUUCUCCUCAUCUCCAGCCUCUGUCUCCUCUCGCACGCUUCUUCAUGGUCACUGAACAAAAUUCUAAUGACUGGCCCAAAGGCUAAUCAUUUAGUGGAUAACUUCACCAGAAACAAUAACCUGUGGACAAAAUACCAGGUGCACACAAUGUUUAUGAAAAGUAUGGACCGAGGGUCGCUGAGGGCAGCCAAAGAAUGUCGUCAUCAAUUUAAAUGGGACAGAUGGAACUGUCCUAUCGUUGACAUGAAUCGCCAGAUACACAAUAUAAGAGCGAAUCGAGAGACAGCGUUUGUCCAUGCUAUAUAUUCUGCAAGCAUUAUGUUUGAUCUGACGUCACAAUGUAACAUAGGCGGGAAUCCCGUGUGUGCAUGUGACAAUUCUCGAAAUGGCGUCAAAGGUGGUCACGACUGGAGCUGGGGUGGAUGUAGUGACAAUAUCAAAUUUGGUGAUUCCGUCUCAAAACACUUCCUCAUCUCUAUGCAGAAGGGUAAAGAUUCGUCAGCAGCUGCAGUUAUUCAGAAUAAUGGUGCUGGUCGAAUGAGUGUCAGGAAAACAGCACACUUAAUAUGUAAAUGUCAUGGAGUAUCCGGUGGCUGUUCUGUGCGGACCUGCUGGCGACAACUUGGUAGUUUUCGCGCGAUUGGAACCUAUCUGAAACGGAAGUACAAAAAGGCAGUACAUGUUAAUUUUUUCGAUGGAAAAUUACGAAAAGGCAAUGAUGUAAAUGGUGUCAAGUUGAACAUGAUUUCUAGCAAACAACUUGUAUUUUUGGAAAAGUCUCCAAAUUACUGCAAAGCAAAUCACAGCCUUUCUUUGAACGGAACAUUAGGGAGGCAAUGUUCCAGGAAUAAAGUUGGUGUUAAACAAAGUGCGGCUGAGCGAAAGAGUUGUCGGACUUUGUGCAGGGCUUGUGGUUUACGCGUGAAGCAUGAAGUAGUUACUAUUAAGACAACGUGCAACUGUCGCUUCCAUUGGUGCUGUUAUGUGGCCUGCUUUGAUUGUGAACAAAAACAGGACGUAUAUUCAUGUAGCAAGUAA